CGUAUACACAGAACUAGCACUGAGUAGCAGCCACCUCCGUGCUGCUCCCCGUGCCUGAGAGAGCAGCAGCAGCACCGAAGGCUGCACCGUCUUCCAGCACCGGCGUUUCCCGAGUCACAGCUGUAGUGUCAAAUAAACCUGCACAGAGAGCGCCGCAGGGAACCGGUCUGCACCGUUCCGGUUUUCACCUAAUCCCCAGGGUUUUAAUUUCAUUUCAUAUGCGGCCAGCACACACAGAGCACAAUAAGUUGCCGUUCCAGUGUGUUGCCCUCUUGGGCAAUGGCUGCCGCUGACUUUGUCCCUGCCGGGUACGUCACUUCUGCUCUGUGAGAGAGGCGAGCCCGGCCCUGCACUGUGUGUGCUGCUCGGGAAUUAUCAUCCUCUUCAUGGUUCCACCACGGCUGAGGGAUCCCAGCGCCUAAAGGUGCGAGGGAAAGUAAAUCCUUUGGAAUUCACGUGCGUGUGAGUGGGUUGGGAAAUUAAUAUACACUGGCUGGGGGUCCUCAUCACCAUAGAACACUUGGCCUGGAACCUGUCCUACUCUGAGCGAGGAGGAGGAGUGCGGCCCUUGUGUGUGCGGCGUCAGUGCAGCCCUGCCAUGCCGGCCUGAUAGCCAGGACCUCGCCUACAGCUUCUCCCUCACCCGCAGAUGAACACUGGACUUCAGAAAUGGGAUACUACACAGAAGAUGAGAUCUGCUCAGCAUCCUACUCCAGCAGAAUUGGAUGCUUAUGCUAAGACAGUUGCCAACAAUCCUCUGACAAUUAAAAUCUUUCCAAACAGCGUUAAAGUUCCCCAGCGAAAGCAUAUCCGCCGCACAGUGAACGGGCUGGAUACGUCAGGUCAGCGUUACAGUCCAUACCCUUCACAGGUCAGCACAAAGACGGGUCUUCUGGCUAUUGUUAAGUCCCCAGCUAAAAGCGUUUUGAAGGGCUUUGACGGCACCCGUGCCCGUCUCUUGCCAGACUCCAUGAUGAAUCCCCCAUCCUCUCCAUAUAUUGCACCUAGCACUUUAAACCACCCUCAGGGGCUUACACGCCCCCAGCAAGCCCUGCAGCAUGCCCAGGCCAUGCAGCACGCUCAGAGCAUGCAACAGCAGACUUUGUCACACUCUCAGAGCAUGCCACCAGGACUGCAGCACCCACAAAGCCUGCCGCACCCUCAGACAUUGCAGCACCCUCAGGGCAUGCCACAGGGGCUGCAACAUUCUCAGGGUCUGCAAAACACGCAGAGCAUACCCCAGCCACAGGCUCUACAGCAUCCACAAAGUGUGCAACGCGCACAGGGUGUUCAGCACUCUCAGAGCAUACCACAGCCACAGGCAUUGCACCAUGCGCAGGGACUUCCACAGACAAUGCCACGCCAGCAGAGCAUGUCACAGACUCUGCAACACCAACAGAACCUACCACAGGUCCUGCAGCACUCUCAAAAUAUGUCUCAAGUGUUGCAGCACACACAAGGAAUGCAGCACCCACAGAACAUGGGGUCACAACAUUCGCAAAACAUGCCCCAGCAGUCGGCGUUACAGCAUGCCCCUGGAGUGACUCACCAGACUCUGCCACACUCUGCCAACAACAUUCUGCAGCCAGGUUUACAUGGAGCCCGAAAAAUGCCUGACGCAGAUGCCCCUCCGAAUGUCACGGUGUCUACCUCAACUAUCCCCCUUUCUAUGGCUGCAACCUUGCAGCAAAAUAGACCACCAGACCUUGGUAGCAUUGUGCACCAGAUCAACCAGUUUUGUCAGGCCAGGGCAGGAAUAGGCACUACCUCUGUGUGUGAGGGACAGAUCGCCAACCCCAGUCCUAUAAGUCGUAACCUGCUUAUCAAUGCAAGCACCAGGGUCUCCACACACAGCAUUCCUAUGCCUUCAUGUGUUGGAACAGCUGUAGACCAUACUGCUGCUGCUGCUAUCUCCUCUGCUGCCUCGGGCAAUAUCUCCAUGGUAAACAUGAGCAGAGUGCCUGCUUCAUACCCUAAUGAUCUGAAACCCUUGGCAUGGAACCAGCAUCAGCUGGCACAUCUGCAGCAAAUGUGUGGAGAAUCUGGUGUGCCUCCUGGGAAACUUGGUCAGAGAGAAAUGGCAGCCCAAGGAUUUCCAGGCAAACAGACCUCUUACCCACAAGAACUGUGCAUGAGCCAGUCUUUUGGCCUAAAACCCCCCAUUGAGAAACCAACCCCUUCCCCUCCUGUGAAUGGAUUGCCGGGUCCCUUGCCAUAUACCAAUGGACACUAUUUUCAGCCCCUAUGGAAUAACAUUCUGCCUACUCCAAACAGCGACAGUUCCGGAUCACAGGACCUCACCAUGCCUUUCCAUGGAGCGCAGGCAGCUGGUGCACCCUUGGAUUGUGCUGGGGGCACGCACUAUAGAGCCGUUGGAGGAGGAUCUUCCAACCAGAACAGCGUGAUGCAGACCAUGGAUUACCUAACUGGGGCAGACUUUCAGCAGUCCUGCUUCAGAGAUCAGAGCAUGGCUGCCCUUGGAAAGGUUCAAAGACCCCAAAUGAGUAGAGCCCCUGAACCAGCUGAUAGUCGAAGUAUUCAUGUUCAGCACCCAGGCUAUAGGUAGGCUACAGUCACUUUGCAACUGAGAGGGUUUAGUCUUAAGUGAUUAGCAAGGCUCUUGUAUCCUCAUCAAUUGAUAAACUUGUUGUGAUCAUUAUAUGCAAAAUAAGCCACACUGUGCUGUACUUCAGAGUUUCUAAUGUACUUUGCUCUGUUUA